CCGACGCCGUUGGUGAGUGUGAGUCGAGUGCGAGCGUCGAGAAUUCGAUUUUAAAUAUAAUUUACACCCCCGAGAGACUUGAUAAGAUAAAAUAUAAACUAAGAUAAAAUAAUAAUUAAAAACGUGUUUUUUGUCUUUUGACAAGACAUAUUAACAUUUAUAAUCUGUAAUGAUUAUUAUUGUUUAAAGUGAGUUUUUUAAUUUGAACUGAACGUUGUUUGCGAUUGUUAUCAGUGCGUUUUGUGAAGUGAUAAUUAUUUUAAACAGAAAAACGCUUGCGAUUGUUUUCUGGGCGUUAAUUUAGCCUUGAUGACUUUGACGUUGUUGAUCAUUAGCGAGCGAUCGGUAACGUUGUGCACGAGGAGCGAAGGCGCGGGUUUCGCGGUGCCGACGGGUGCCGAAAAAUGGUGACUUUAAUGCCAUACAAUUUCAUCAACUCGAACGGCAAUCAGACGCGAUGCACGAUGAUCGAAAAAAUGUGCGAACCCAAGGUGAAACGAACGCGAAUAGAUACAUCCUCCGACAAUAGUGAUAGAGAUCGAGUGGCAGCGGACACCACGUGUAGUCCACAGAGCGCUCACUCGUCGACAUGCGGUAGUCCGCCGGCGACGUCGACGAACCAACAACUGAACGACUUGACGCAGAGAAAUACACCCAGCGCGACAACUUGUACCAAUUCCUCUACGCAUUUAUCAUCGCCGUGGUCCCUGGGUGUUGUUGAAGGUGUGAAGAGCGAAAUGCGUAGUCCUGGUCUGGGUGAGCAUGAAGUGACCGCGUUAUCGCAGGAUACCAACUUCUACAACUCCAUUGAAUUGGGUUCAUCUACUUACGACAAGGAUUAUUCCCAGUCGUAUUCACAAGCGCAUCAAUAUUACAAUAGCAUGCAACAAACCUACGGCACAUCCAGCCCGACAGCCGCAUCGCCUUACAUGAACACAAUGGCGUCGCCAUUCUACAAUUCGUCGUCAUAUCCGUACACGCCGCUGAGCACCGGCCGCGGCUUGAAUCCGAGCUGCAAGACGGCCACCAGCUACUUGUCGUCACCGUACUCGUCGCCCGCGUCGCCGUUUCAGGCCGCAGGACAAUGCGGGCAGUACUCGCAUUACACCGGAUACUCCUCCACGCCGGCGUCCACAUUCUCGCAGGGAUUUCCAGCUCAAGAUUAUUCCAAUUACGGGCCGUACUCCAGCGACGGCCAGGGUGGGCAAUACAGUUCCAGUUAUUAUGCGCCGCAGAGUUAUUCACCGUAUGUGAGCUCGCCGAGUAGUAGUGGCAGCAUAGGAGCUACUUCUACUUAUCAAUUAGCAGGCACAACAUUACCAGAGAGUCCAUCAAAUGGAGUCACACUUGGUGAAAGCCCAAUAUCUCCCUUGAAAGGAGACACAUCACGACGCUCACGUGAACCCGCAAAUGCCUUGGGUUCCGAAGCUCGAGGCCCCAGAGGCCGAGGACGGCGUACAAACACGGUUUCUCCAAGCGCACCAGAGCUAACCACCGAUCGAGUGUUUAUCUGGGACUUGGAUGAAACUAUCAUCAUAUUCCACAGUUUAUUAACUGGCAGCUAUGCAACCAAAUACCAAAAAGAAGUUCAGAGUAUUGUCCAACUUGGAUUCCGAAUGGAAGAAAUGGUGUUUAACCUAGCAGACACUCACUUUUUCUUCAACGACAUUGAAGAUUGUGAUCAAGUGCACAUUGACGACGUUUCAUCGGAUGAUAACGGCCAGGAUCUUUCAAAUUACAAUUUCUCCAGUGAUGGUUUUCGUUCAGCUGGAAAUGGGAGCGGAAACUUGUGUCUUGCGACGGGUGUACGUGGAGGUGUCGAUUGGAUGCGCAAAUUAGCGUUUAGAUAUAGGAAAAUCAAGGAUACAUACAACAAUUACAGGAAUAGUGUCGGUGGAUUACUAGGACCAGCAAAACGUGAUCAAUGGCUUCAACUGCGUUCAGAAAUUGAGUCUUCCACGGACAACUGGUUGACUCUCGCUACAAAGUGUCUGACUUUGAUCAAUUCGAGGAGUAACUGCGUCAAUGUGCUGGUCACAACGACGCAACUUGUUCCAGCCCUAGCAAAAGCCCUACUCUUUGGUCUUGGGAACGUCUUCCCGAUUGAUAAUAUUUAUUCAGCCACGAAAAUCGGCAAAGAGAGUUGUUUUGAACGUAUCGUCACGCGUUUCGGUAAGAAAUGCACCUAUGUUGUGAUCGGAGAUGGUCAAGAUGAAGAAGCAGCCGCAAAGGCAUUAACCUUUCCCUUUUGGAGGAUAACAAGCCACAGCGAGAUUGCUGCUCUGUAUAACGCGUUGGAUUUGGACUUUUUAUGAUUGACUCAAACCAAAAACAUUUCUCGGCGAACGCAAUGCGCAAACAGACACAGCCGCGACGCUGUGCAAGAUUUUAUAUUGAUUUUCGUUAAAGUUGCGAUCGAUGUGUAUAUUUAUUUGUAUAUAAAAUAGUAAAUUUGUAAUUAUUGACAGAGAGCAACUACAUUUUACGGACGCUGAGAUCUAAAUUGUUUCUAUUUGUGUUUACAAAUGCACUCGUAAGAAAUUUGAUGAGGAUUUGUGCCAAUAAUUGCUGCACAAUUUAUUCAGUACUUCCCCCAAUGCCUGCAGAGAUGUAAUUUGAGCUUGCGCAUUUGGAGUAUUUAUAUAUAAUAUCCAAAUAAAUGGUUGGAUGACUUAGCAAUUUUAUUGUCUCGACGACGUGUAAAUAACAAAUUGCUCAUUUUUCGAUGGAUGAUGUUCAGAUUUGAGUUUUGGUCGCUUGUGUUCACGUGCACACCGAUGGUAAUUUUGCAAAACGUUCAAAAAAUGGCGGACACGAUUUUCAUUUGAUAACUAAGUUACUACGCAAUCUUGUAUUAUAGAUAUAGUUCUAAUAUAAAUUUAUGAUAAUUCUAUGAUAACUAUUAUAUUCAGUGUAAAUGUAUGAAGAUUAUACAUGAAUAACACUAAAAACGUAUACAUUACCCCGUUAA